CGUCGCGUGCGUGACGUCAUCUGGCGGCGCCGCGCGCGAUUCCAGUGGCCUUGACCUCCCGUGGCGUGGGAGGCUUCGCGGCGAUGCUGCAGUUGGUCCGGGCUGGGGUGCGGGUCUGGUUUCGCCCUACGAGCUGCCGGGCCCUGAGUUCACUGGCGGAAGAGGCAGCGCCUCCGACCGAGAAGCCGGAGCAAGUGGCGAGCGAGGGUCUCCCGGAGCCGGUGCUGCGCAAAGUCGAGUUCCCGAUACCCCCUUUUCGACGCCCGGUACAGGCCUGGGUCGAGUCCCUGCGGGGCUUCGAGCAGGAGCACGUGGGCCUGGCCGACCUGCACCCUGAUGUUUUCGCCACCGCGCCCAGGCUGGAUAUCCUGCACCAGGUUGCCAUAUGGCAGAAGAACUUCAAGAGAAUUAGCUAUGCCAAGACCAAGACGAGGGCCGAGGUGCGGGGCGGUGGCCGAAAGCCCUGGCCACAGAAAGGCAGUGGGCGGGCCCGGCAUGGCAGCAUCCGUUCUCCGCUCUGGCGAGGAGGAGGCGUUGCCCACGGCCCCCGGGGCCCCACGAGUUACUACUACAUGCUGCCUAUGAAGGUGCGGGCCCUGGGCCUCAAAGUGGCACUGACCGUCAAGCUGGCCCAGGACGACCUGCACAUUGUGGACUCCUUAGAGCUGCCGACCCCAGACCCCCAGUACCUGACAGACCUGGCCCGCUACCGCCGCUGGGGGGACUCCGUGCUCCUCGUGAACUUGACACACGAGGAGAUGCCACAGAGCAUCGUGGAAGCCGCCUCUAGGCUCAAGACCUUCACCCUGAUCCCAGCUGUUGGCCUAAACGUGUACAGCAUGCUCAAGCACCAGACCCUGGUCCUGACGCUGCCCACCAUCGCCUUCCUGGAGGACAAGCUGCUCUGGCAGGACGUGCGCUACAGGCUGCUCUACCCCCUCAGCCUGCCCUACAGCGACUUUCCCUGACCCCCACCCCGAGCCACCCAGGGCCCAGGGCCUCCCCACACCACCGUUGAUGUGAAGCGCCUGUUCUGAGCCAGGCCAAGCCCCUGGCCGACUUGGGAGCCUCAUACCCAUGCCCACUCUUCGAAGGAGGUGCCACCCAGACCCCCCCAUCCCAGGGAGGAAGCUGAGGCCAUGUGGAGUGGCCAUCACCAUUGGGAAGGGGCAACUCCACGGAGAGCCCAGACGGGCUCCUACCUCCAUUUUCUUUGUUUUUAAAAUAAGUUGUAUUUUUAAAUAAAGGAGGAUAAACAGACA